CUGACUUUUACGGAUGAUAGUGAUAGUGCUAGUACCGUAGUCGUAGUAGUUUUAGCCAGUCUAUAUUCACUUACUUAUUUAAACUUAUUACUAUUACUUAAGAGCUAUUUUUAUUUUUUCUCUUACUCUUGGCUCUUGCUACUCUUAGGCUUAGGGAUCGCAUGCAAAUUACAAUUAGCCCUACAUCACGCUUGGGGGGGGGGGAGGGGGGUGUGUGUCAAAUAUUUUGACGUCACGUAUUUUAAGUUUAGUUUUAAUCUAAAAUUUUCUAAUUUUUAUUUAAUUAAUUUUAAAAAACAUUAACUUGAGGUCGAAAUUGCCUCAGGUAUUAUAGAUACCAUGAAACUCAGUCGCUUACACCUUUGUAUACGCCUAUUGAAAAAUGAUGUAAAAACUGUUGUAAGUUGUAGCCAUUUUACAUUUGGCUUGUGGAUGACUUCGUUAUUUUGCAUCGGCAUCACAGUUUUCUAAUUAGUACCGGGUACUACAUCUUAAUCCAUUAUGGGCAUGGGGAAAUGUUAAAGAAUAAAAUAAAAUCUAGUUUAGUUAUGAAAAUUUGAUGUAUGUUUUGAUUUUUUUAGGUGUGAUGCGACACUUGGGGGGUUGGGGGUGGUGUAAAGAAUUUUGUGACAGGAGUAGGGGGUCUGAAAAGGCAUUUUUUGCGUGACGUAAUUUACGAACAACCCCUUAGUGAAUAAACCAUCCCUUACUUGGCCCAUACUGAUACUGUAACUUACUGUAAGUUGUCUGCUUCCUUCCCCAACGGCACCAAUUCUCAUCCCACCAUUCAUACCCUUCCCUAUGUUUCAGAGGUGGUCCGCCAUGGCUGGUUUCUUUAUAUUAGUAUUAGGCACCAUUUUCUGCCAACUGCAGUCUUUGUCAUGGAAGUCAGGCAGCAAAAAGCUUGCCCUGCCCAUUGCACCACUAACCCCAGCAAGCCACUGCUGCCACUCUAUCACCAGCUCCCCACCCCUACUCCAUAUUUUUCACAAAAUAGCUUGAAGAGACGUUCACAUUUGGCAUUAGCUUUAAUGGCCUUGAUACACUUUAUAACUGAAUUUAGUACCGGGUACUUCAUUUAGAACAGGCGAAAUGUUUUUAGCUCCUAAGCUUUCCUUAUGAAUAACACAAUGCACAAGUAGCAUUUCUGUAUUCUAAUUCUAAUGAUUUACAGAACAAAAUUUCUUCAGCAAAAAACCAUUUAUCAAUAUAUCUUACGUAAGUUAUCAAUACAGCCGCAUUGUCUCUCAAAGUUGAUUCAUCCAUUUGCACUAAGAAUUUUGUUUGUUUUCAGAUUUUCAACAAAUAGUAUUUAAAUAUCUACACUCAUUUCAUCUAUUCUUCUGCUAAUAGUAUUGUUACUGAGUGGCAUCACUUUUAGGUCUUUGUCAUCCUUUUCAAGAACCGUUUUAAGAAAUGCUGAUAUUAGUGAUAUAGAUGGUUUGAUUAAAUUCUCUCCUAAGCCUAAAGUAUGAUUUUUCGAUUAGCGAUUAGUAAGGAAAUUUCAUAACUAGUUUCAAGAGUACGAUCGACAGUUGUAGUAUGAGCAGUAAAUAGAAACUUUAAUGUUGCUCUUUUUUCAAAAUACAAGUUAAAUCAUAGUAGCCAGUUGGUUUUAAAAUUCCUGACAGCUACUCUUCAAAUUGCUCCCCUAAAAAAUAAAAAUUCAAAUUACCCCCCGUGGGGAAAUUGGGAAUUACCGCAGUAGAUGAUAAUAAUAUGUGAUGGAAAUAGAGCAUCAUACAAUAAUUUAAUUCAGUAAAAUGUCUGUUUCAGGUUAAAAAUGUUUCACCUGCCACGAACAACAACUGACUGGAUCAUGUUUUUUAUAUUUUGGUUAGGAGGACUGUGGACAUUGUUCUAUGAAUACUAUUUUAUCAUGUGCUCUUACCAUAAAGACUGGAAUAGUUAUGUUAUUUUUCAUGUUGCUGUUGCUGGGUUCUUAGCCCUUAGUAUAUACACCAAUAUGAUUCUUAUCAUAAGUUCUGAUGUUACUACAAGAAGUGUGAGCUUAUCUGCUGUUCUCCCUUCUGACAAAUGGAAAUACUGUGAUAUAUGUCAACUCAGUGCACCACCACGCUCACACCACUGCAAACUUUGUAAUGCAUGCAUCCUGAAACGGGACCACCACUGCUGGUUUGCUGGCUACUGCAUUGGAUUUAGCAACCAUCGCUACUUCAUUUGCCUUGCAUUUUACAUGAGCAUCGCUGGAGUUUAUGCAAAUAUUUACAACUGGGAUUUCUUUUUAAGUGUUAAAGGUGGUUUUACUUGGACAACUCUUCCAUCAUUGAUUGCACCACAUGUAGGGCUAAUGUUUGGGACUUACACUUUUUACGAGUUCUUUAUAACAAUAGUAUCAUCAACUGGUUUCUUGGUCACUAUAGUUUUUCUGUGGCUUCUAGAAACGCAAAUUUUACAAUUUGUCAAGGGGCAAGUGAUGCAUGAAAAAAAAAAGGGUAUAAAUGAUUAUUCUUUAGGGCUGUCAAAUACUUUUAAUGAAAUAUUUGGAUCAGCUGGAUUCUGGGUAUUCCUUUGUCCACUUGUACGCACCAAAUUGCCAGGAGAUGGUACUAGCUUCCUUACAAGAGAUGACAAAGAGAAAUAGUUUGUUUCUUAUAUAUUUUUACUUUAUUUUUAGGCUGAUUGUUAAGAGAAGUUCACCAUAAGGUAUUUAUUAUAGAUAUUUUAUUAAAUUUGAAUACAGUUGUUUAAAAAAAAAGGUAAAUUUGAUUCAUAUCUUAAACUAAGUUAAAGAGAAAAGUCCACUUGAUCUUAUUUUGGGUUUGCACCAAUGCUUAGAUAAUGGAGUAAUUAUUCUAUCUUUUUACCUAUCUAAAAUAUUAUUUUGUUUUAUUUAUACACUAUGCAAAAGACUUCACUGUUUAUGCAAUUCCCUGUUGCAAACAAGUGUAGCUUAAACCAGUAAAUUUAACUUGAGGCAGUGAAAAUGUUAUCAUUAAGUCAUUAAGUAAAGUAAAAAAACUAAAUUUAACAUUCACAAUUACCUGUAUUGCAAAAGUUUUAUACCUGGUAACUAGCUUUUAUCAUAACUAAGUUUGAACCUUACACUCCCAGCUUUUCCUCCACUUUGAGGCAUUUUUCCAUAGCACACCAAACAUCACCUUGUAGUACCCACCAAGUGUGCUGUGGCAUGCUGGUUGCAAAGCUGUGACCUAAACAAUUAAAAAGUUUGAAACCCAAUAUUUUUAACUUCUGUUUGACAGCAAUCAGCAAUAUUCGCAAAUAAAACCCUUUUAAAAAAAUGCAGGUUGAGAAUGAUGGGCAGAAAAGUUGAUUAUUUAACUUACUACUAGUACCAGUGGCGUAGCGAGGGUGUUUGGCGCCCGGGGACAAGAUCCAUUUUUAGCGCCCCUUUUUCUUUUUUUCAACUCUCAAACCCAUUAUUUUCAUCAAUAAAAUAAUAUUAAAGCACAUUUUCGCGCCCCUAACUAGCUGGCGCCCGGGGACAUCUGUCCCCCCCCCUGCCCCCACCACGCUACGCCUCUGACUAGUACUAGAGCUACUAUAGCUCAACCUGUGUAAGGACAAUGUCCAGAUAAGUUGACUAAUCCUUAAUUCUUAAUGAUAAGUACCGGUACCAAUGUUUUAAUUGGAUAUUUUAAACAUAAAUUCUUGUUUGUAUUUGAAAUUCUUAUUCCAAAACUAGUUAAAUUAAAUGUUUGCAUUUGCUAAAGUUGCUUG